AGCAAACAACAGUCAGCUAACUGUCAUUUUUGACAGACUAUUUGAUAUUGGCGAAGUGUAAACAUGACUACAUGUAUAGGUCUUUAACCCAAACAUUAUGCAUACGUUGGAAUCGAAAUAGAAAUCUUUCUGUUUUUCUGCAUCUUUACUAUGAAUGGCAGAGAGAUGUUUUAAGUUGGAAAAAUUUUGAAGAAUUCUGCAUCCUGAGUACCAGGUGGGUUUCUUUUAAAAGAAAAAUUGAAAUUGAAAGAUAUAUUUUAACUCUCUUUAUGCAACCGAGAACCGAUCUCUAUGUCCAAGUUGCUUUAUUGCCAAACAUUUUGCACGCUCCAAUUACAAAACGGAAAUUGCGUGAUCCGACGACACUUGAAGCCAACCGAAAACCAAAGGCAAUUGCACGUUCAAGUGCUCGAAAUUCGUCACGGCUCUGAUUUGCGUUGCUUUGAGCAUCUCAACAGCGAAAUUCUACGCGCUGAAGCAAACAUGACUUAAACACAUUUACAGUUUACAGUGGAGUCUAUGGUAAGCUUUUAAGCCUGCAUCGAUCAGUAAAUGUAAUCUUUAUAAGCUUGACGAAGAGAUUAACUAGGUUAGAGUCUAACAAUAAGACUUGAUUUUUAACCUAAAUACCAAUACGUCAAACCUCGCAAAAUUGAAAUAUCCGCAGCGAUAUUUAAAUUGACGUUAUUUUUCGGAGGCGGUGUUAUUUUAUAAGCUUAAUAUUGGGAUUCUUUCUUUACUUAUGCAGCGUAUUCUUCGAUCUCGUCGGCCAUGCUAGGCCAUGAGCGACGAAGAUACAAGAUGGAGGUCGAUCGCUUCGAGCGUCUUCGUCGACGAAAUUCUUCUCAAAUACAACGGCGAGGCUGGAACGGAUAAUUUCUUUUCAAAGAUGUCUAGUCAAACAUUGGCAGAACGGAUAACUGCACUGAAAGAACAUGUUUUUUCCAAUCCAAACAGUCAAUCUGGCAACAGCGAUCAAACCAAUUGCGGCGGAGAAAGCAAAAUUGACUUGUCAAACAAUACGGACCCUCCCUUGAGGCAGUCUGUGUUAACGAAUGCCGACUCUGAACACAAUCAAAGUGGGCUUAUCGUUGACUUAGGCAAGUUUGCUCAGACGAGAGACAACAGUGAAUACGCUGAACCUGAUAACCGGGUAGCCAAUACGAACAACAACGGAGAAACUCACGAACCAACAAGGGAAGACACGUUUUGCUCGAGCUCAAAUUUGGCGCUCGACGGAACGAGUCGCCCCAGGGAAGGGAUUUAUUAUAAUGACGGCAGAGCGAUAGACCAGCAGGCCUUGAAUUGCGGCGACAAGUUAGAUAACAUCGAGGAUGGACAUUACUGCGGUAGUUCUGAACAAAUAAAUUGCUUCCCGGUAGUUGUAAUUACACCGGCCAUGACGGAAGAAACAUUAGACGAGUGUCUUGACACCACGAGCAACUGCAAAAAUGGUGCAUUAUCCGCGGCCAUGUUUUCCUUAAAGGAUGCAACCGAAACGUGUUCAUUGUCAAGCGCUGGCUCUUGUUCGGAGAGCGAAAUUUUGACUGAUGAGGAGGCAUCGGAUGAUGAAAUCAAGCAGCCACUGGAAGACAGAUCUGAAAAGGUGAGAGCCUAUAAAUUGUCAAUUGUGUGAUCCCUAGUUUUUCUCUAGUAUUCAAGAAUUUUCACGUCAUUGUGUGCUUCGCGCGUUUUUCGCGAUUAACAAACCCAUUUGUUGUGUGACUAUGUGGAGCGACCACUUUGUCAAUUCGCUUUUCGUAUAUCAUUUAACUGCCAUUUGUUAUUAAAUGAUUUCCGAUGCGAUCGAAGGUAUAUUUCGAGGUGCUAAAGUAGUCAUCGUUUACUUAGUUCGUUUGAGUGUUUAUUUGCGUAAGCAGAAAUGAUCGCGAAGCCUUUCCCAUGUUGAUGUUCGUUUCAAAUGGUGUUUAUUUCGACAAUCGUUUCGCGAAUAAUGUUUAUUAUUGGCUGAAAGUGUUUGUAGUUUCAUAGUAUGCUGUUUUUAUGGAGUUUAUUGUAGAAGAUUUAAUCGAAGCAUGUGCUAUUUAAACGCUUUGUUGCCGAGAUCAAAAUUUAUGGGCUAGGGGGAUAACUUCCAUUUAAUAAAUAAAACAUAUUAAUCAUUUAGCUCGAGUUUCAUGUUUAACAUUCCUGUAAACUCGCUGACGUCAAAAAAAGAUCGGAAUGUUUUUACUUGACAACCUUUGGGACUUUGGAAAGUUAUACUUAUUUGAAAUGUAAACACUAAGUCCAUAUUCCUUGUUGAAUGUUUUCCUCAUUUCCAUUUUUUAAUUAAGUCAAACUACAACAUUAAAUCACGGGUUGAAAGAGAGAGGCAUGCAACAACUUGUCUGCACUUUACUUCCUGUAACAUUAUUUUUAGUUUGUCAAUAGUACAUUGGGAUUCCAAAAAUACUUGUAUAGGAGUGAAGAAACAAAUCCUUGAUGAAUUAUAUUCAGUCCCGAGUCCUUAUUGGUAUAGUCCACUGGGCUUAAGUCCGUGGACUUGGGGUCAGUGUUUUGUCCACUACCACAUUGGACAAUUAUCUGACUGUCAUGCAUGAACCCCUUAUCACGGGUUUACGUCAGUCUAAGAACCUGUGAACUUUUUCUUUUUUAAGCCCUCUAGUUUUUCCAGGUUCUACAUAUUGUGUUGACUUCUUUGUUUUACAUCACCGAUGAGUUUUCAAAGUAGUUAACAAUUUUGUGUUAACGCAAAAAACUUGCAUGUGUUUUGCAUAUGCAUUGGUUGCUUAUCUCUGAGCUGUACUGUACAAGUACAUUGAGGAUGAGUCCUUCUUACAUUGUCCUUUGCUUUUCUUCUACUGACUGCAAGCAUCACAAUGCAGUGAAAGUUACCAGGAGAGAUGUAAACCUUGGUAUUUUUAGAGUCAGCUUGAAAAUCCCAGUGUUACCAUAAAUUGGUACUAGUAUAAAAUUAACGUGAAAGCCUUUUAUUGAAAAAAUCAUGGCCACAUGACACAUAAAAAUUCCCAAGCAUAAUAACAAGACUAUAAUGUGAGCAGGUUGUCACCAAUCAGCAUUAGUUGGACAGUACUCUAUCAUUUUAUAUAAGCAGAAAAUCAAAAAUUUUGUCAGAUGUCAGAUUGAAAGCAUGCACACCUGGCAGGUGUUAUGAUAUAUAGAUUUAGCCAGAGCUAAAGGCGAAGCUCUCCUUGAUAUACUUAUAGUUAAAUGAAACAAAAAAUAUAAUCGUGUCAUGCUAAAUGACAACGACAAAACAGCUGUCCCAAAGGUGUCCAUCUUAGAUGGGGAUCUCUCUAAAAAGGACACAUAGUGCCUGUCCCAAAGGUGUCUUUCUUAGAUGGGAAUCUCUCUAAAAAGGACACAUAGCGCCUGUUCCAAAGGUGUCCAUCUUAGAUGGGAAUCUCUCUAAAAAGGACAAAUAGUGCCUGUCCCAAAGGUGUCCAUCUUAGAUGGGGAUCUCUCAAAAAAGAACACAUCGUGCCUGUCCCAAAGGUGUCUGUCUUAGAUGGGGAUCUCUCUAAAAAGGACACAUAGUGCCUGUCCCAAUUAAUUCAUUUUUCAAGCUGAUCUGACAAAGUAAAGUUAUUACGUUUAUUAUUGCAACGAAUAGAUAAGCAAGUAAUUAAUUAUUAACUUAUGAUGUAAUUUGUUUUUGUCAUCAAUUUAUUAUUAUUUAUUAAUAAAUCAAUACGUAAUCAUAAGUGGAUGUUUCAAUAAAUAUAAAAUAUAGAUAUUUAUUUUAUAUUAUAGAUUAUUAAUCCUUUGUGUCAAAAAAUUUGAGGGCUAUUUAAAAUGACUACCAAACCCUAACUUUAAUACAUGCUAGCACCCCGGACAAAACGGUUGAGACAAUUCUGUCCAUUUUCUAACUUUUGUGCCCUACUCCUGUCUCCUCUAAACAGAAAAAUUAAGCCCCCUCCCACCUCCUAUUCAAAGUUGUCUUAUAUAUGUUGUGGUUCAAAUUUUUCCUUGGUUUAAAAUUUUUCAAACCAGUUUAAUUUUUACUUUCCUUUGUCUAAAAUCAAUUACCAUAAUCAGAGACAAAGAAAAACAAAAAUUAAACUGGUUUAAAAAAUUUUAAACCAAGGAAAUUUUUAAACCACAACAUAUACAUGUAUAAUUACCAUGCUAUCCUAAACAACUUUGGAUAAGGGGAGGGGGAAAUUGGGCAUUCAUUUGGCAGAGGUUUCAGUUUUUGCCAGGAUGACAGGAAAAAAUAGGCAUUUUCGCAAUAUUUGUCUCAACAGGUUUUCUCCGAGGUUGUCCUAUUUAGGCAAAUUAUAAAAUAGAAUGUCUCUUCACCUUGACCAUGUGCAUCUGUAACAAUAACAUUGCUUCGAUGUAGUUAAUGUUGUAAAUUUAUCAUGCUUGAAAAGGUCCUUUGCUUUUGUAUGACAGAAUUUUUGUUAAAGGAAAACAGAAUAAUAUCUUUAUUUCAUACUCAUACAGCUGUUUAUCCCUUCCAAAUUUGCUUGUUCUUGGAAUGUAAAACUUGAAUGCAUAGCAUAUCGCGUGUGGAACCCAGGAAGUUUAUAAUUAUUUAAAUGUGAUAUACGUGACUCAAAGUGUAUUUAGCACUGAGUGGGUGGCGUGCAUAAUGCAGGAAUCAUCAGCUUUUUUGUUUACAUAGUUGAAUAUAUUAACCUCUUUAUCUCAAUGACCUGAGGAAGUCGUUAUGUAACUCAGAACUACUGACAGAAUGAUUCCUGAUUUGAAGUUAUGUUUUUGUAUUUUAAAAACUAACUUUCCCUUGUUUUGGGAACUUUGCAUAGAGCAUUUCCAUUAAGCAUUUUCUUAUGUAAUAAAUUACAUGUAGAAUGUUAUAUUUAAAUCUUUUGUAUCGUACCCUUUUAAUCAUUCACUCUCUGUACUAUUGGGAUUAAAUCUCUGAUUUUAAGCAAUUAUUUUGGCGAAUUAUCAAAGUGUGCAUAGUUGUAAUUGAAAUAUUCAUUGUUAGUUAAUAGUUGGCUAGAAUUAUUAUGGUUUUUUUUUUUCAAAAGGCCAUUUGCAUGUAAUUUAUCCUUUCCAAAUUGUUCAUUGCCAAUAUUUAAUUUCAUAAUAAUGUUAUUAUAUUGCUUAUUAUAGCCUUUAAUCAAAAUUCUGUGUUGGUGUAUUUUAAGUCAUGCAUAACUCAUUAUCAUAUAAAUAGAUAACCUUUAAACUUGGGUGUUUAAGUCAAACAACCAUAAAAUAUUACAAAUGCUUGAAGGCUUAAACAGUCUCUGUUGAACUUGAGGCCAAUUUUUUCGGGCUUAAAUGUUGUCAAAGAACAGAUUCAAUCUUUUUUUCUGUCAGUGAUUUUGCUCUUUCACUUUGUAAGUCAUUUCUGUGUCAGUAGUAAGCCAAAAGAAAAAAAAGCAAACAAAGCAUGCUUCAUUGCAUUUAUUUCCCUGCCUGCAAAAUUAUACAAGGGCUGUUAUUGCCAUUAUACACAACUGUAAAAGCUGGGCUCUUAAGAAAGUAGCCAGUCAAGAUUUGAAGCAUUUCUCCUUUGGCUGUUGUAUGUUACUCAUUUUCAAACUCCGAGUACACUAAGUCUUUUAUCCUGCUGUUUUUCACUGUAGUAGCAAGCUGCUAGAUGCAGCCACAGUUUAUGCUCAUCUUUGUUUUAGCUGAAACCCACAAUCAAGGAGGCAGCUGUGGUCAAUGGUUUGGGGGAUAAUGAGAUCAAAUUAAAAUAUGCAAAACCAUACAGACAAUAAUUUUGAGCUAUAAAGGAAAAAAUCUGGUUCCUUUAGUUUACCCAGUCCCUCUAUAAUAAAAUUACAUGGUUGAUGCUUUUUUCUCCAGUGUACUUAAUUGAUAUUUCAGAGAAGAAGGUUAUAAUCUUUUUUUUUCUUUGAGAAAUUUGAGGUCAUGGAGACCGUUGUUCUAAGUAGGAAUGCAAGUUUUAGACUAGACCAGAUGCAAAUUAUGAAGGAACCGAAGAAACAUUUCUUAAUCUAAUUUUUUUAUGCAUGACUACUGUAAAAAUUGGCGAAGCAUUGUUAUAAAACUGUGUGAUUGCCAGAACAGACUCUACAAAACUGCAAAACCUCAUUGUGUAGAGGCAAGUAUGAUGUAAAUUGAAGAACACACUGUUGUUGUCAGUGGUGAACUAAAAGUAAGUGAACAUGUAAAACUUAACAGUUUGAUAUUUAACAAUUAAUAUUUGUAAUUGUUUACAGGCAGAGGCGAGCAUUUAAAAAUUAAAGCAAACAAAUUGUUUCUCAACUCAUGUACGUGUAGCUAUCAAAAUUUGCACUUCCCUACAACCCAUUAUCACAAGCAUGUCUUGUAGCAGCCCUAAGGUUUCAGGGAGCCAAAACAAACAGUUACAACAAAUUGUUUUCAUAUUCUUGAACAUGGCUUAUUUCUUGGCAUAUGCAUACUGUAUAUAUUUUCAAACAAAGGCCACAACUAUGUCAGCACAUUGCCAGAAACUAAAAAACAGAAAAAUGAAGCAACCGUAAGUUUUCAGUUCAUCAUGGCCUAGUUUAAGUGAUUGCCUACCUAUUGUAGCUACAAGUACUGUGAAAAAAGAUCAUUGAUUAUUGUCCAGAGUCAGAAUGGUGAGAUCUUUACUCAGCCUCAUCAUGAACACUGUCACAGGAAUACGAUCUGUUGAUCCAAAGAGCUCAUCUUUACAACUUUAAUCUGGCACUGUACAAACUAAGGAGUGGUAAAAAUGUUUGAUUACAUCAGUCACAAAAUUUGUGAUCUAGUUUUUUUUUAUGUUACCUACUAUCUUGGAUGUUUGAUCUUUUUGCCACACAAAGUCUCAGAUCCUAUGCAUGGUGUGGUUGAGGAUGGGCUUGCAUGCCUCAAUGACCUUGUGAGCUACAUGAUUGUAUAAUGGUGGGGACAUAAGCUCCUUGCAGCUUUAAACAACUCAGGCAGGUUUCCAUGGAAACUUCAGAGGCAUCAGUGGUCCUCCAGGUUGGGGUUGGUCAUAGUGCAUACAUCGCCACUGUGGAAAAAAACAGCAUUAUUUUGAAUUCAUAAAACAGUAAAAACGAACGAUAAAAUCCGACGUUUUAGAGUAGUCAUGACUCCAUUAUCAAGGAAAAAUGUUUUUGAUCAUGCAGAUUACAGCAUUUAAAGCGAUGUGGCACCAAAAUUAACAUUACAGGGUGCGAAGAUUAUGGAAAUACUUUCGCACAAAUAGAGUCUGAUUGUACGUUGAAUUUAUCACUGAAACUGUAACAACACUUUAACAAGCCAAUUACAGAGCUGCCAACCUCUGGAAAUCAAAAAUCUGGAGACUCUCUCUUUGGCAUUACCCCAUCCUGUCCCGUCAUGUCCCUACCCCCCCCCCCCCCCCCCCCCCCCCCCUACCCCCCCCCCCCCCCCCCCCCCCCCCCCCCCCCCCCCACCCACCCCAACCACCACAUCCCCCCACAUACCAUAACAACUUACGUAGCAAUACAGAGACGAAUAUUCCAUGUACAACACUUUAACAAACCAAUUACAAAGCCGCCAACCCCUUGAAAUCAAAAAUUUGGGGGCUCUCUCUUUUGCAUUCCCCCCUCCCUUCCCGUCAUGUCCCCCCCCCCCCCCCCCCCCCCCACCCCUGAUAAGCACAAUUCGAUCCAGUCCCUAAAUGGUUUAGGACAUUAUAUGAAGACUUACAUGAGGUACAGAACAUCGCAAUUUGCUUUUAUGAUUGUAAUGGCAAAAUAAUUCUUGUCAGUGAUGAAAUACAUACAAAAAUGUCUCAGAAAUCAGACCAUGACAGCUCCAGGACUAUAUUACCGGUAGUCGGUUCUCUCCUGGGGCAAACUAUGUGCUAAAGCAUGGGACGAGGUUCAGUGGCAUGGUAUGAUUCACCCUUCUGCCCUAGCUAGAGUGUAGAGGAUAAGACAACAAAGGAGAAGUCUCAGAUGAUAAACAAGAUUCACUACACAAAAAAUUAGAUUUACAUCAAAUUUGUUAGGAAAAAUAAGAUGCAAAAAAGAACAAACUAGAGCUGCAGGAGAAAAUCUGGGGCACAGUUAGUUUACAACUGAGUCAUCACCAUACAGCAAACUACCGGAACAGUCUAUUCCAGAUAACUCAAACCUUCAAGAGAAAUUGAAAAAAGUUUGAGUUAUUGGGAGCUUGAAGAAAAUAGCCGCGAGUACGGCAAAAAACAGUUUUUACUGCACAGGGAAUAUUUAAAUCAUAUUUAAUAAUUGUAAGAAUGUUAAGAGAAAAUGGAAAGAUACUUCUAGAUUAUAAAUCAGAACGCAACUUAACAAAACAUUGCCUAAAUAGAGCGUGCAUUUUACUGUUUUGAGGAGUAAAGCUGUUUCAUGUUAGAUUAGUGACAAACAACAUCAGCCUUCACUAGUAAACCUCAUGCCUAGAACACAUCAAUGGGAAAUUCAAAAUUCAAUAUUUCGGAAAUACCAGUAUACACUGUUUUUUCCCGACUUUUUAAGGGCUGAAAACAUGGUAAGAGUUUUUGAGAGUAAAAUUACAGAGAAAUGAUCUGAGGGGAAGCAAAAAUUACUUCAAGUUACAGGGAGGUUUGAGUUACCAAGGGUGAAAUUACAGUAAAUGUAUGACGGAAAUCCGAGGGAAAUUGAUUUUGGCUCGAGUUAGCGAGGGUUGGAGUUAUCGGGAGUCAACUGCACCACGCUUAAAAACAAGCAAAAUAAAAGUUGAAUUAUUGGUGAAAAUUAUUAAUCAUUUGACACGUCCCACAUACCAACUGAGGAGUAUAGCUACUUGAAGAAAAUAAUAUUAAUUUUGCAAAUGAACCUUUAACAGUUUUUAUUUAGUUUUUACCAUCUGCCAAACAAUACAAUUUAUAUAGCGGACAUUUUUGUUUUCUGUCAAGUAUUCAUUUCACUGCAUUGCAUGAUUUCAAUUUGGCAAGUCUUUCCGUUUCAGAUUGAGAUGUACACAGCAUGAGCUGAUGUAUAUAUAAGUAAAAUAAAAAUCUGUGCCAUCAGUUGGUCUUGAUCUCACGACAAAAAUUAAUAUCCCUCCUACUGAGAGAGAAAAUUAAUAAUAAAGAUGAUUUUCAAUACCAUUUUUUUGGUCUCCAAACUAAGUUCACUUUGUUAAAGCAAGAGAUUACAAUUAUUAUUGUAAUCUGUUGCUCUAAUAUAGUGAACUUAGUUUGGAGACCAAAAAAUAGUAUUGAAUAUUGUGUAACUGAAAAAUUAUCUUUUUUUUCUCAUAAACCACAUCUUGUGUGGGUGUGUGUGUGUGUUUUUUUUGUGUGUUUUUUUCUUGCCUCUUUUUUUUCUGCACCUUCAAGAUUGUGUUGACAUUUCAAAAAACUUAUUCAACACCUGCUCACGUGUAAACAUGGAACCUUUUUUGUUUUGAUAAGGUCCAUCCUAGACAUCCAGAGAUGGUAUGGUUUAUUCAAAAUAAUGUUCAAAAAGUUUUAAAUGGUUGUUUACUGACUGAAGAAAAGUACACUCUGCUUUGAAAGAGAAGUAUGAUCCAAAAGAUUUUCGUGUAUUUGAAUGUUGUAUUAAAACAUGAUAUUUAUUUCCAACAGCAGGGCUUUUCCAUUGUUUCUUAUACACAAAAAGGCCCAUGUCAAUAUAUCUUUUGUGAUAAAAUAAAAUAUUGCAAUAUGACAUUGUGUCACGCAGGAGAUCGUGUUAUAUAUUAAAUGCAGAUUUGUGAUAAUGAGAAGUGAUUUUUAGCCAUAAUUCAUUUACAUUGGUUCUAUCAGUGUGAAAUCUUUCUAACUAGGAAACACAGACAUAAAAUGUUUGUACUUUACUUUAUUUGAUAUGAAAUGUUCUAUAGGGUACAUGUAUUUUUCUUUCUGUGAAACAUUUUAACUAUAUUGCAUUUUGUAAGUUGAAAAACUGGGUGUUUUUUAUCAUCAUGACGUUAUUCAAGAGCUGUUUUAGUCUGCUAAAACCAUCAUCAGUAACUGUUAUUAAACUGAGAUUUCUCCUUGUUAAAAAAAGUAUGGAUAGCAAAGAGGAAGAAAAACUUCCAAAUAUAAAACCUGGUGUAAAUGCCAAUGAUCAGUUAUACAUGUGUACAAGAUUUUCUGGUUCAUACAUAAAGGUAGUUGUGUUCACAUUGUUAAUAAUAUUUUUCAUGUCGCUUUGCAGGUCGAUUCACGGUGGAAGAAGAUUCGAAGUAUGAUCCAUUGGUCCCCAUUUGUACAGAAUUUUAAAAAGAAAUAUCCCUGGGUUCAAUUGGCAGGCCACCAAGGUAAGCUUAUAUCUUUAUUUUUAUUCCCCUGGAGCUAGCUGUAGAAGGUAGCAACUACCUGUAAGAUUGAGUGGAAUUUUUUUUUUUGCAACUGCUCACUAUCUCUGUGAAAAUCUGUUCUCAUGAUGUCUUUGUUUGUUGUGAGGGAACAUAGGAAAGUGAAUAUUAAAGCCCCCCCUCUUAAAUAAACCCCCCUUAUUAGUGGGAGGAAGUUAAUAAGCCCCUUCAUCCCCCCUUCCACAUCCCCCUCCUUGUUGCUUUGCAACCACCAACCCACCCGCGCGCCCAGUCACGUACUAGUCGGAAUGUAGGAGAGACGUCCGAGGGGCAUAGCAUGUCGCACGGUAGUUGCCAGGAUGUGUGGAUCCACACGACAGACACAAACACUAAGAGGUGAGCUUAUAUCUUUUUUUUGUUUCCCCGUUGGCAUGGUGUUGAAGGGGUCAAAUUCUGUUUAUGUUUGUGUUUAUUUUUUUUUUUGCACCUUGUUACUUUUUCUGGUAAAAUUUGUUCUUCAUGUGUUUUUUUUUGUUUUGGGGGGAAAGGGGGAAGGGAAUAAUAAAGCCCCCCCCCUUAAAAAACCCCCCCUUUUCGGGGGAAAGAAUUUAAUAAGCCCCCCCCCCCCCCUCUCUAUUAAGCCCCCCUCAAAUGGGCUUGAAAUAAAUAAGCCCCCCGGGGGCUUAAUAGAGGAUUUACGGUAAUGGAGGAAGCUGAGAGAAAGGGAAUGGGAACCUGGAAUGCAGUCUACGGGAGGGUUGGACCCCUGUCCAGGACUCGAAAAAAACUUGACUUCCAGAUUGCCUUUAGGACAAGUAGCUCACCUUGCGCCAGGCAGGUCUUAAGUUAAUUCAUUUUGGUGGGCAGAGAACUUGCAUGGACUCUUGUCCAUCAGGCAAGUGAGUUUGAAAACUGACUUGCUCAGCAGGAAAUUCUACUUGUUCAAGACGACCGGAUGGCACUUGUUUGAGCCGUGCCUGUCCCCCCACCCCACACAUACCAGCAUAUUUCCCACAAUUAUACUACUACAUGAGAAAUUUCUGCAAUUUGAUUGCCUUAGAGCAGUGGUAUUUCAGCUUAAUUUGAAAUACCCGCAUGUGAAAAUUACAAAACCUUUGCGGUAGUAGUAUAAACAAAUAAUAGCAUGAUUUGUACGUGAUAUUUGGCAUAAAUACCACUCAUGAUAUUUCAAAAUUGUCUCAAAUAACAAUUUUGAAUUAUCACGAGUGGUACUUAUGCCAAAUAUCACUACAAAUCAUGCUAUUACCUAUACUAAUCUCUAAACAUAAUCAGUAGUUUUUGUGAAUAAAAAUAUUAUUUGUUAUAGGUAGCUUCAAACCAGGUGAAAAUGGCAUGAUUUUGAAGAAAGCCACAGACAAAGAGAGGGAGAGUCUCAGAAAGCUCAUGAAAGAUAUUCUGAGACCUUACAUUCCAGAAUACAAAGGAGAAGUUCACAGAGGAAAUGAAUGUAUCCUUCAUGUUAAUUAAGGUUGUUGUUAGAAAUCAAUAGAUGCAGUACAUGCUGAAUUAAGAAAAUGUAUCACUAGCUUGUAAUAAUAAUAAUAAUAACUGUUUAUUCAAAAAGGAAAAGGAGAUGAAGGGGUUAACCCCGUCUAGUUCAUCUCCAAAAAAAGAACAAUAAUAAUAACAAUGAAUAUACAUAUGAAUAAAAAAAGAUAACGUAAAAUUUCUGUUUAAAAUUCAAAAAUAUGUUGACAUGUCUAGAUAAUUUAACAUUCAGCUGAAACAUUGGUGAAAUAACGUCUGAAAAAUGUUCAAGUUUUCCACCUCAGCAAUUUCUUUAGGUAAAUCAUUCGAUUUAUCAAUUAUGUAAAUGAAGUAAGAAUGUUCAAAACUAUUUAAAGGCGCAGAUUGUCAGACAAACUUAGUGGUUUAAGGUGCCACUACCACUCAUUUCAUGAAGUGCCAUGCACUGAAAGCGAAUUGACUCUUUUUCUGUGGGUUGAAUGGUCAAUAAUAAAACCAAAUUAACAUUUUAUAUAGGAGGAAAUUUUUUUAUUUUGAAUCCCCUUUUGUUUUUUUCAUCCAGCAAAUAUUUGGAGAGAUGCUAACCUCUGGAGAUCUAAAAUCUGGAGACUCUCUUUUGCAGAACUACCACAAACUUUCCCCUACCCCCGCUCCCCAUGCCUGAUAAACUCAAAUCAACCCAGUCCUCAAAUAAAACCAUGGGUGUGGCUCAGGACAUGAAGCAUAGUUUUACAUAGAUUAUAGACUGUAAUGAUGACAUAAUCCAUGUCAGUGAUGAAGUGUUUGUAAAGAUGCCUCCAAAAACUUCCAAGAGUAGGUGUUAUUUUAGUGAUUUGGUCACCGAUGUGGGAGAACAAGAGAUUAGUGCAGAAUCAAGGGAGAAUACGGCCAGUGUCAUUACAUAAACUAUUGAAUAUUAUUUGCUUGUUUUUCCUCAAUGUAAACAUCAGGUUAUCUAGAAAUGCAAGAUUUACUUCAAGAUUUUGAUAGUCCCUCUGUUAUGGAUUGUAAAAUGGGAACAAGGUACACUACUUUAUAUGAAAAAAAUAUUAAUACACAAAAUAUUACAACAUAAGUGGUGGUGGUUUAAUCACUUCAAAAAUUAAAAAAAAUUAAUGCCCUUUAUUUUAGUGUCAAUGUAUUUAGCAUGAAAGUACUAAUUGGGAACACUAUUUUUUAAGUCUUCUACUGGAGAUGGGACUGCCAUUUUAUGUGGUCAUGUGAGCCACACAAAGGUCCAGAGUUUAUGAGGAAACGUUUGAUGUUAACAGUAAAAUAAAAUAGCUCAAAAAAUGCAAAAUAUUUGAAAUUUUAUUGUCGAGAAGUCAGGUCUACAGAAAUGGCAAACUUCCGCAAUUAUCUGGGUGAUUUCAGACUCUAAUCUGGAGAUCGGGAGAUACAGUCUAAACUCUGGAGUCUCCCAGAUUAUCUGGGAGAGUUGACAACACUGCUUCUACAUAUGUCCAUAGAGAGAGGCAUGACAAAACAUGGAUCCAAUUGGAUCUGAUCAACCCCUCUAACUCACUGACAUGAUGGAAGGUUGGAGAUGGGGUUACAGGGAUUUGAUGCAAUCCAGUCCAAUGCAAGUUUUGUCAAUGGCCCAUGGAGAGUCCAUUGGGUAUAAAUAGACCAAUUUCAAAUUAUUAAAAUUCUUACUUGGCUCCGAGGUUUAGCGAUUAUAAAUCGGAAGAAAGGUAUUAUUCAUUGCUGAGCCUCAGGAUCACUUCUUUUGUUUUAUUCCGCAAAGUCUUGCAGCCUAGUAUGAAAUUUGAUAUAUCAAAAUAUUAUUGGUCUAUUAGGACAGUGUUUUAGGCUUUGCAAUCAAACAGUUCUUUUCUAUUGCAUUGAACAGAACAUAUUUAGAAGACGAACUUGCAAAAGCAAAAUCAAAACCAAGAAAAGUGAGUGAACACUGAGUUUUAAUGACAGGGGUGUAGCCGGCCCAUAGACCUGUAGACCCAGGCCUACAAAUUUUUUAUUUGAUCACUCUAUGGCUUGUAAUAAAUUAUGUGUUGUUGGGUUGAGCCAAAUUGCUUAAGAGCUCAAAGUGUUGGUGAGGACAGUGCUUACUAGUCAUGCAUGCAAUUUUCAGGAUAUAUGGAAAUGAAAGUCAGCCAGGCCUACAACAGGUCGAAAAGCUGGCUACACUCCUGAAUGAUGUUAUAAAAUACAAUAUUGAACCCCUUUAUUAAGGACACUGAAAGACCCAUCCAUGUUGUCCUUCUUAAAUAAUGUCCAUAUUAAGCGGUUUGUGUUUCUUUUGCAGGAUUUGUUUCAGAAAAUGGUAGAGGUAGAUCCCAAUGAACCAACAGAGGAAGAAAGAAGAGAAGGAGGAAUAACCAAACCACGUUACAUGCGGUGGAGAGAGCAACUUAGUUCUUCAGCAAGUCUUGGCUUCAGAAUUGAAGGAAUUAAGGUUAGACUUACAGCUUAUCCAUAUCAGCGCUCCGAACUGCAACCCUAUUGGCUGCCAUGGCAAACGAAAAAGAUUUGGCAACUAAAACAGCAGGGAAAGUCACCAAUUUGGCAACCUAUCUUUGGUGAUCAUGAGCCAAGCCGUUAUUGUCUUUUUAAAGUUCAAGUGAGAUAAACAUUUGCAUGAUGUAUUAUUUAUGCAAUAAUUAUUUUCUUUCAUUUUUCUCCCUGGUUUGUCUGGUUAUUAGCGUUGUGAUGUUGUGUGCACCACUAAAUUUGAUUGCAAUAGUAGUUUGGCUUCCAUUUUGAUUUGUUCACACAUCUCUAUACUGUACAAUGUGUCGUUUUUUUCUGUCAACCAGUAUUUUAUGCUUGGCAAUCAUUUUGUGAUUUUUGGUCAUCAAAAGGCAACUUUGAAAAAAAAAAUGAGGUUUGAGCAGUGCACAAUUAUGGAAUGUAGUUGGGCUUUGAUGUAGAGGAUUUAUAACUUUUAUGAGUUGGAGUUUGAGGUCUGAAAAGCAUGGACUAAGUCUUUUUUCUUCUUAAUUAAUGCCUUGAAAGCAGGGCAUACUUGUACAUGAAACCAAGGCAAACAAAUAAGGAUUAUUGAUACCCAGCACAGAUUGAGAAAACAAUGACUGAACCUUAUGGGUGAUUUUAAAAAUAAUGCUUCACAAUAAGCAGACAAGAGAUAGAGUUAAAAAAUUCAAAAUUCUUUUGACAUAGCCGAAUCUUUUCUUUACAGUUGUAGACAGUUUUGAUAGCUGUCAGUAUUCUAUAGUGAUAACAUCAUUAGAUGUCACUUGUUUUGAGAAAGAUUGCAGACAGCUAGCUAAAAUGGUCAACAAAUGUAAAACAAAAAAAUGUCUAUGUCUAGAGAGAAUUAUGCAUUAAGUUUUGCUGGAUAAAAUUGUCUUUAAAACCUUAAUUCAGGUGUGCAUUAUAGUGUUAUUCCAGGGUUCACACAGUCUUGAAAAGUACUUGAAUUUUAAGGGAAGUCCUUAAAAAGUCCUUGAAUUUUCUUCAAGGUUGAAUGUAGUGGCUUGGGGGGUGUUUUUAAUGCUUUUUGGUUGUGUAAGACAGAAUAUAAAUGAUAGCUCAGAGAAGUUAAAGCUAAUUUACAUAAAAAAUUUUUUGUCUUAUGUAAUAAAGACAAGCGAGCUGAAAAAUAUAGAGAAGUCGGUGGAGCAAACAGUUCAAGCCUUAAAAUCCUGUUAGAAUGGACUGGGAAUGUGCUGAAUAUGCAUUUUUGUACAAUCGGUGAAAUUACACUCUUGGUAGAUGGUCCUUGAAAAUUGAAUGUGGUUCUUGAAAAAUCCUUGAAAAGCCCUUAGAAAGGGUUCCGUUUUUUUUGUAUCAACCCUGUAUUCAAAGAAAUCUUUUUGUGUGCUCUGUGCAACAUUGUAUUUUAUUUGUCUUGUAGCAAGGUGAUCAAAAACCCAACAAAGAUUUUAAGAAAACAAAGACAAAGGAAGAUGUUAACAAGGUUUUUACAGAAUUUAUUGGCAGUGAUGACAAAAUAAGAGUAAGCAUAUUUUUUGUUCAUAUGUUACUUUCAAUUCUGGAUCAAAUGUCAUUUAACAUACUUUGCAUGACUAACUUUAUAUUUUGCCUUAACUGUGAUUUUGUUUUACUAGCCACAGAAUUUGAAAUCAUAUAACUAAGGCACAGUGUACUUUCUUUGCAGAGAAAGUAUUUAAGACGGCUUAAAGCUAUUAGAGCUACUCUAGAGUCUUCUCCAUUUUUCCGCUCACAUGAGGUUAGUUUUCAUUAAUAUUUUGUUGUAUAUGUUUAAUUUAUAAGUAGGAUGUAUAAUGGUUUAUUUCCUGCUGACAACAUACAAUACGUGUAGUAAUAACGCUUAAAGGUAAUCAACACAGGAUAUUUCUCAGUGAAAUCACUACUGAAAGGUGUAGUUUACAACAAGAACAGGAAAGAUUUUCCAUCAAUGAGAAGUGUGGAAUUGGAAUGCUUCUAGAGAGCUAGUGCAGUAAAGGAAAGUCACCAGUGGGGUUUCCCAUUCCUCUUUGCUUUGCCUGCAGUGAUUUUAGCAUGGAUAUUCCAUCCUUUUUAGCUUCCCUUGGAUCUGCUAAGAUGCAGAAGUGUUGGCCUCACUGUUUCAAGUGCACCUUUUGUUUCUUAAUAAUUGAUAUUACAGUCAAACCUUGGCUAAUGGCCACCUCUCUACAACAGUCUCUUUUUUCCGUCCUGGGCCCAGUUGCUCGAAGCAUGGUUAGCGUUAACCAGCGUUUAAUACCUUGGCAACGUAUUGGUUUUGAUACUACUUAACCAAUGGUUAAAGCUAACCAUGCUUUGAGCAACUCAGCCCUGGUGCAUAAGUUUCACGUGAUAGAAGGUCAAAACACUCAUGAUCAGAUUCCAUGCUAUGCAUUCCUUUCAUUUUUAGUGGAAGUCCAAACAAAUCCCACUCACGCAUAAUAGCAACCUGGGCCCGGUUCCUGAAAGGCCAAUUUGUUCUAAUCCAGGAUUAAAAUUUUUUUCCACUUUUUGUAUUUACCUUCCUAUGCAUUGCAUUUUUUCAAAGUAAAGGCACAACAGUAUUUUGUAAGCUCAAGUUACAUGUUCUUUUAGUUCUUAGACAAGAAAAGCUUGCUUAAAAUUUGGCUUAAUCCUGGGUUAAAUUUAACCAUCUUACAAGGAACCAAGCCCCUGAGAUUAAGAUUGCAGUCUACUCUGGUUGCCAGCUAUAAACUUAUUGAAGAUGGUCUUGUUUGUUGUUCCAGGUGGUUGGUAGUUCUCUGUUGUUUGUCCAUGAUGCAUUUGGCAAAGCUAGCGUAUGGAUGAUAGAUUUUGGCAAAACUGUACCUCUUCCAGAUGGGAUGUGGCUGGACCACAGAAAGCCUUGGCAAGAAGGGAAUCAUGAGGAUGGGUAUUUAUGGGGACUUGACAAUAUGGUGGAAAUCUGGGCACAAAGCUGA